AUGGAUCUUCAGCGCCUAACAUCAAACUUCUUGAUUGGAAUAUUGGAUUAUAUUCUGCGACCAGAACCCCGACCGCCUUUCGAAGACCACCUAGAAUUACUGAUAUUCCAUUUUAACCGCUGUCGCAACCUAGAAUUUACGGUGAUACACGACGUGGACGUUGUUUUUGUCGAGAUUCUUCGAACCGCCAAAGUACUGGAUGACGGUCUUCGGUCUAAACUCAAUGGCUUAGUCAAUCUUCGGCGACCAGUAGAAUUCAUACUUGACGAUACCCAACGUAUCAUGCACCGCCUCUCCAUCAACAUUGAUGCGUACUACCUUGGUAGGAACCCUGCUUAUACGGGCCCGGUAAUGACAAAACUCUUGACUGAGGUCAGUGAGAUUGCAAAGGCUGUUUUCAAAUUUAACACGGAAGACCUUUACUCUUGUACGGGGCUCUACGAAAUUGUCGCCGUUGGUUUAUUAGUCCGUCUCCGCAUCUCCUUCACUUCUAUAUUUGGCUUUAAGGAACUUCCGCAGUUUGAUCUCCAAGGCAUCACAGUCUAUCAACUUGGAGUGCUGUGGCGUUCUGAUUUCGCCGAUUUCAUUCCCAAAGGCUCAGUCUCCUUGUUCUUUUCGAGUAUUGAGUCAAUUCAAGAUCCGGCGUAA